GGAGAGUCAGACGAAUAUAAAGAAGGCAAAAGUCAUUUCGGUUCCAAGCUGAAAAUAAUCCUUGAAAGGCUAGCUACGCCUCUGAGCAAUUCGCGUUCAGAAAAAGAAUCUUCCGUACACGCGCAAGGAAUCCCUGAGGAACAAACGUGAUUUCCCUUAAUUGUUUACAUCUCAUCGGUAAGGUCUACUUUCAAUAUGUUGGGAGCUUGUGUAUCCAGAUGGGGCCUUACCGGCUUACCCCUGCGUCUUUUAAACAACAAAAAUUGUUGUCCCAGUACUCAACUGUAUUUAUCUCAAGCAAAUUAUUCUCCGAACAAAUGCAAAGAUGUAGAGUAUAAACCCAUCAGAUCAGUUCUGGUCGCAAAUAGAGGUGAAAUUGCUAUAAGAGUGUUUCGUGCCUGCAGCGAAUUGGGCAUACGCUCUGUAGCUAUCUAUUCAGAGCAAGACAAAAUGCAGGUGCACAGACAAAAGGCAGAUGAAUCUUACUUGGUUGGCAAAGGUUUGCCUCCUGUUGCCGCCUACUUCUCCAUUCCCGAGAUUAUCCGCGUCGCCAAGGAAAACCGCGUCGACGCCAUCCAUCCCGGUUACGGUUUCCUGUCUGAGCGGGCAGACUUUGCCCAAGCUUGUGUCGAUAGCGGCAUCCGUUUCAUCGGCCCGUCUCCCCGCGUCGUUCACCAGAUGGGCGACAAAGUAGCAGCUAGACAAGCUGCCAUCGAAGCCAACGUUCCUAUUGUCCCUGGAACACCUGGACCAGUGACAACGACUGAGGAAGCGGUUAACUUUUGCCGGGAGUACGGCCUUCCCGUUAUUUUCAAAGCUGCGUACGGGGGCGGUGGCCGCGGUAUGCGUGUCGUCCGAAAAAUGGAAGAGGUAGAGGAACUUUUCCGACGUGCAACCUCCGAAGCACUAGCAGCUUUUGGUAAUGGUGCCAUGUUCAUCGAAAAAUUUGUCGAGAGACCAAGGCACAUUGAAGUGCAAAUUCUUGGUGAUCGUGCCGGAAACGUUGUUCAUCUUUACGAACGCGAUUGCUCCGUCCAACGACGUCAUCAAAAGGUGGUAGAAAUCGCACCAGCACCCAAUCUAAACCAAGACGUUCGCGAUCGCAUGACCACCGACGCCGUAAGACUUUGCAAUCACGUUGGUUAUGAGAAUGCCGGCACCGUCGAAUUUCUGGUGGAUGAAGCAGGACGUCAUUAUUUUAUUGAAGUUAACGCCCGUUUGCAGGUAGAGCAUACGGUAACUGAAGAAGUGACGGGUAUUGACCUUGUCCAACAUCAAGUCAAAAUUGCCGAAGGCUUAACUCUUCCAGAAUUAGGAUUGGACCAGAGUAAAAUCAAGAUCCAAGGCAGCGCUAUUCAAUGUCGUAUGACGACGGAAGACCCGGCCAAGAAUUUCCAGCCGGACACUGGACGCAUCGAAGUGUUCCGAAGCGGUGAAGGCAUGGGCAUCCGCUUGGACAGCGCCUCGGCUUUUGCCGGGGCCAUCAUCUCACCCUAUUAUGAUUCGUUGCUCGUCAAAGUCAUUGCUCAUGCUGGAAAUUUACCUGCGUCAGCCGCCAAAAUGGUCCGUGCGUUAAGAGAGUUCCGCGUCCGCGGCGUCAAGACCAACAUCCCGUUCCUUCUCAACGUCCUGGAGAACCAGAAAUUCCUGACGGGCACUUUAGACACCUACUUUAUCGACGAGCAUCCGGAACUGUUCCAGUUUGUCGCCUCGCAGAACCGGGCCCAGAAAUUGCUCAACUACGUUGGUGACGUCCUCGUCAACGGCCCGCUCACCCCGCUGGGCACGGAUCUCAAACCGGCCGAUGUAGUCCCGCUAGUGCCGCCAGUUGAUUCAUCCAAAAGACUCACCGGAUUCCGUGACAUUAUUACCGAACAAGGUCCAGAAGCAUUCGCAAAGGCCGUCCGCAACCACAAGGGCUUAUUGCUGAUGGACACAACGUUUCGCGAUGCCCAUCAGUCGCUUCUUGCCACUCGAGUUCGCACACACGAUCUCCUUAAAAUUUCGCCGUAUGUAGCGCAAAAUUUCUCAUCGCUUUACAGUCUGGAGAAUUGGGGUGGCGCCACGUUUGAUGUAGCCAUGCGAUUCCUUCACGAAUGUCCAUGGGAACGGUUGGAGGAAAUGAGGCGUCUCAUGCCAAAUAUUCCAUUCCAAAUGCUAUUGCGUGGAGCCAAUGCCGUCGGGUAUACUAGUUACCCAGAUAACGUGGUUUAUAAAUUCUGCGAACUAGCCGUUCAGACAGGAAUGGAUAUUUUCCGCGUUUUUGAUUCUCUUAAUUACUUGCCUAAUAUGAUGUUGGGCAUUGAUGCUGUUGGCAAGGCCGGUGGUGUUGUUGAAGCGGCAAUUUCUUAUUCCGGUGAUAUCUCCGAUCCGUCUCGAACCAAGUAUACCCUACCCUAUUACCUGGAUCUUGCCGACGAGCUGGUCAAGGCUGGAACGCACGUUUUGAGCAUCAAGGAUAUGGCCGGCCUGUUGAAACCGAGAGCGGCCUCGAUUCUCAUCGACGGCAUCCGCCAGCGCCAUCCAGACGUGCCCAUUCACGUCCACACUCACGACACGUCCGGCGCUGGAGUCGCUUCCAUGUUGGCGGCCGCUCAGGCCGGCGCUGAUGUUGUCGACGUUGCCGUCGAUUCCAUGUCGGGUAUGACGUCCCAGCCGUCUAUGGGCGCCAUUGUGGCCAGUCUUCAAGGCUCUGAGCUGGACACGGGCAUCUCUCUCGAGUCCGUCAGCGACUAUUCGGCCUAUUGGGAGCAGGCGCGGACAUUGUACGCUCCGUUCGAGUGUUGCGUCACGAUGAAAUCUGGCAAUGCCGACGUCUACCUCAACGAGAUUCCAGGCGGCCAGUACACGAACCUCCAGUUCCAGGCGUAUUCCCUCGGACUGGGCAACCAGUUUGAGGCCGUCAAGAAAGCUUACAGGGAGGCUAACCUCCUUUUGGGAGACAUAAUCAAAGUGACGCCGUCUAGCAAGACGGUCGGCGAUCUUGCCCAGUUUAUGGUGCAGAACAAGUUGUCUGGACAGGACGUUUUGGACCGGGCCGAAGAGCUGAGCUUCCCCAAAUCAGUCGUCGAGUUCAUGCAGGGCUAUCUGGGCAUUCCGCAUGGAGGUUUCCCGGAACCAUUUCGCACUCGAGUUCUUAAGGGAAUGAAGAAAGUAGAGGGUCGCCCUGGAGCCACAAUGGCUCCUUUAGAUCUCGACAAGCUCAAGGCUGACUUGAUCGAAGUUCAUGGCAACCAGAUUCGUGAUGUUGACGUCAUGUCAGCUGCAAUGUAUCCUUCGGUUUGUAAAGACUACCUUGAGUUCCGCUCAAAAUAUGGUCCAGUGGACAAGUUCGCCACCCGUAUCUUCUUAACCGGUCCUAAAGUAGGCGAAGAAUUUGAAGUAACAAUCGAGAAGGGCAAAACGUUACACAUCAAGACUCUAGCAAUGGCCGAAGACCUUACUAGGACUGGCGAUCGUGAAGUUUUCUUUGAGCUCAACGGUCAGUUGAGGUCCGUCUUCAUCCGCGAUAACACUGCUGCCAAAGAGUUGCAUAUCCAUCCAAAAGCGGAAAAGGGCGUUAAAGGCUCGGUUGGAGCCCCUAUGCCUGGCACUGUGAUCGAUCUCAGAGUGAAAGUGGGUGAUAAAGUAGAAAAGGGACAGCCAUUGGUCGUUCUUUCAGCCAUGAAAAUGGAAAUGGUCGUCCAAUCCCCUUGCACAGGAACCGUGAAAUCGGUGGCCAUCACCAAAGAUAUGAAACUUGAAGGUGACGACUUGCUCUUGAGCAUCGAAGAAUCCAAGUGAAAAUGAAAAACCACUUUCACUCCGUCGAAACCAAAUAUUGCCACGUUGUUUUCUUCAGUAGUCAUCAAUGACGUAGCCUUUCAGUGUUGUUUUUUUUUGGAAGGUGAAGGGCAUCGAGUGGCUCAUAAUCAUUUUAUUGGGGCAGUUGUGUGUUGUGUUUUUCCUUCAUUGUCUUUGUUGAAAAAUUAUUUGAAUUGCUUGUUCUCUCUAUCAAGCCGUUCGGCCCGUGGACGCUGCAUUGUCUUCCUAAAACUCUGAUUCAUUUCACUUUAAAGUUAGCUUAGCCAUUACUUUUUGCUUUGCGUUAACUACGUGUUGAUUUGGCUAUCUCGUUCGGAAAUAGCCCUUGUCAUUUUGCUACCUAGCAUGUCAAUUGUGUUGGGAUAUGAUUCCAUUAUCGAUUUUCUUGAUUUGGCUUUGCAAAUGACAUGUCUAUUGUCUUGUUAUUCGAAAUAUAAUAGAUAAGUUGUGUUCAGUGCUUGAAACCAC